AAAUGGGUUAGAGUCAACUCAAUCCAACACGGAUUGUAUGUUUGAGUUGGGAUCAAUCCAUCUAAUAUAAUUUGAUUAGUUUACUAUUUUGUAUUGCUUGAUUCAAGUAUGGUGCUUAAUAUAUUUUGUUAAAUAAGUUAAAUUGUUGACUUAUAUACAGUUAUUUUAUAAACUUUCAGAAAAGAUAAUGAUAGGGGUGUAUUAACAUGCAUGUGUUAUGAAUAAGUUUAAUUGACAGAUAUAUGGUUAACCCAUGAGCGACUUCAUAAUCACUAAAGGUUCUUUACCUAAUUCAUAAUCAUUGUGGUCCAACCUUCCACCUAAUCAAAUAACUAAACUAAGGGUCAAAGUUAAGCCAGUCCAGCGGUUGAUAACCCCUUAAUUUUUUGUUUUAAUCUGGUUGGUCGACUGAUUUUCGUAGCUUGACUUUAUGUUUGACGUUUGAACCCUUUUUUUUUUUGCUUGUUCGUCUUAACAACAGUAGUUCUUUUCCAUUUCAACGUAUUUCCAUUUUUUAUUUCUUCAUUUUGAUAUUUGGUAGUUGUUUUAGAAUAACUUUUUUUACUGAUAAAUAUGAUCUUAACAAUAGAGAAAACCAAUGUUUAACAAAUUACUAGAGGCAAUUAAUAAACGUGUAGUAAAAGUUUAGCGAUUAGAGGGACAGGACUAUUUGAAACACAAAUAGAGUUUGUGCAUUAAUUAAUUAUCUAUCUAUUUAUUUAUUACAUAUUUUUAUUGUUUGUGUUUAGUUAUAAAUUUUCUUUGAUAAAAUGAAAAAUAUAUAUUAGAAACAAAAUCGUCACUUGUUUAUAAAUUAUAAACAAUCUGACUGUAUAAUUAAAUUACUCAUAAUUUACUUCGAUGCUGUUUGAUUUAAUUAAUACCGAUUUAUUGUUUAGACAUAUCGUCAGACACCGGUUAAAUCGAUUCUUAGAAUAUUGGACUAAAUACAAUAUAAGAACAUGAGAUAAAAAAAUGUAUCAAACCAGUCUAAAUUCUGUCCAACCGUAAAUACCACAUCUAGUUUAGUUUUUUUUUUUGUUGAAAAAAACACAUCUAGUUUAGUUAAUUUAAAAUUAUAACAAAACGGCUAUGUUUGUUUGCAUGUUGCAGCGAUCUACUAUCUACGAUUACUACAUGCGAUAAAUUGAUCGUUUGCUUUUUCUAGUAAUUAAUUAUUGAUUUAAAACUGCAAUUUACGACGUGUGACAUCAACUUAACCAAUAAAUUGUGAUUUUCUAUAUUUUAAGGUAUUUUUGAUAUUUUUAAGAAACUUUAAUUGUAAAUAUUUGAAUUGAUUAAAUUUUAUUGGUGGAUAAUUAUUAGAAAAUGUAUUAAAAAGUAAAUGGUAAAUUAAAUUGUGAAUAUUUGAAUUGAUUAAAUUUUAUUGGUGGAUAAUUAUUAGAAAAUAUAUUGAAAAAUAAAUGGUAAAUUAAAUUGUAGACAUUUAUUUUAUUUUUAAUAAAUGUGAAAACUAAAAUCUCACUUUUGGGAAACGAAAUGAGUAUAAAUGAUAGUACUUUUUUCGACUAAAUAAAUGAUAGUAUGUUGCUGUCGUAGACGCAUAUAGCUGCAGCAUGCAAACAAACAUGGCCAACCUAAACAGAACAGAAUCUUCGUUCAGAGGCGGGACCAAGCGAAACCAGUGGAGCUAAACAAAGUGAGAAGAUAGAUAUUCAGGCAUCUAUCCGUCCUUAAUACCUACAAAACAAUGACUGUCUUUUCCGUUCGCCACUUGUCCUAAUAAAUUAAUAAUAUUGCCUCUCUUUUACUAUCACAAAGCGUGUCGUCUUUCACUCCAUGGUUUCUCACUUUCUUGAGUUGAUGACCAAACAGUGUGUAUGGGAAAACGAUACGAUGUUUAUGAAUAGUGUAUAAGGACGCUCUGAAGUGUAGAAGUCAAUAUGAGAAACUACACACCGUGUCCUAGGCCUCGGUUCAUCAUUUCUCUGUUCCAUUGAACCAAAACAAAUGAGACUUUUUUUCGUGCAGGACUAAAUGUGGAGAGUGAUGUUGUUUUCUAUUAUGUGAUGUUUGGUUUAGUUUCUUAUUAUCUUGGUUUCUCUUAUGUGUUUUAUUGGUUUAGUUUCGUGUGAUCUUUCUUUCUCUUAUGUGAUGUUUGGUUUAGUUUUGUGUGAUCUUGCUUUCGGUUAUAAAACCAUGAUUAAUGGGGUUCUUAGAGAUGGGGUUCUUGGUUCAAUGGAACGGAGAAAUGAUGAAAAGGGUGAUUGAAUGCUUUGUCGUAUGAAAACGAUCUGAUUUGCCAAUGAGUUGAUCACACACUUAACCACAAUACAUUUGACCCACCUCAUGUGAUAUAAAAGAAUUAAUUAACGUCUAUAAAGAAAAAAAAAAACACUAUAUGUAGAAAGAAAAAAACAUCUGGUAACGUCCUAUAUAGUCAAUAGACCCAAUACAAACAUCUGGUCCUGUAACGAAGUCUUUUUAUUGGGUUCUGUAAUAAGUAUCUGGUCAAUCACCUAUAUAGGAGUUUGAGUUUGAUGUUCUUUGCACUUUUGGGUUCCGUCUCUUUCGUUUGUAGCCGCUUUUGUGAACUUAGUUACCUUUCGCCCAUCAGUCGUAUGACGAAAUGCCUGAAUGAAAUUUAGAGACUUGGUUCUGUUUCUAAGGUUAUAAAGUUUCUUCCUUUUCUAUUCAGAGUUAGUGGAGUCUGCUUAAUUAAGCGUUCUUGUGUAAGUCUUUAGCCACAUUGAGUCCGCUGAAUCCUUCCAAAUUGGAUAAUGGAAAAGGGAAAUCCUUUCGUUGCGUCCUUACACGAAGUAGAGAACCAACUUGAACUGUCACUGCGUCAAGCCUUUGAGAGUCUCGAGCCGAAGUUGCAGCCACCCUUCUCCCUGGAUAUCCCAGACCCGCAAGAGUCUCUUGAGCUCAGUAGAGCCAUCGUUUAUGCCCUGUUAUGCGAUUCUGGUUCCUCUAAAACCCACAUCAAGCACCUACAUGCUGUCGUCACGGAUGGGUAUGCGUUUUUCACUAGUUUGCUUGUUGGAAUCGUUGUUGAACUGUACGGUAAACUUGUUGACUCAGCUAAAGUUCAGCUGCUUUGGUUAACAAAGGAGAUGGUUGAUGCCUCGAGUGUGGGACUCGAGGAUUUGCUUGUUUCUUUGCUGAGACGCAUUGGAAGUGGGGAUUAUGGGGAGCAGAAUGUUUGGCUUUGCUCUGAACUGGUGAGCUUGUUUCUUGACAAAUGGGAUUGCUUGCUUGAAGAUGCGCCCUUGGUCUUGACUAGUGCUCUCUACAGCUUCCUUCGUUUGUUAGCGGAUCAUUGUAGGGUCACAGGCAUACCGAAGCUGGAAAACGUGAAGAGGCUAGAGAUCAAGUUCUGUGUCAAAAUGUUUAGAGAGCAGCUGCAUUUGAGUUUGAAGAUUGGAAGGGAUCUUGUCCGGUUAUUACAGGACCUAGUUCACAUCUCCGAGUUUAAAGAGAUAUGGAAUGAUUUGGUGUGCUCUGACGUUUCAAAGAUUUAUCAGUUGAAGACUUCAAGUAGAUACUUCCUUCUCCGGAUCACUCCUGAGAUGGAAACCCAGUUAAGGUUUUUGCUUGGGAAUGUGAAGCUUGGAAGCCAUAAGCGGCAUCAGAUAUGGUUCUUGAAGAAGUUUCUCUUAGGUCCUGAGAAAGAAACAGUUCUGAUCGACAUAGUCCGGUUCAUCUGCUGUGUUGUUCACCCAACUAACGAGAUCAUCCGGUCAGAGAUCAUGCCGAGAUGGGCUGUUAUAGGUUGGUUUCUAGACCUGUGCAAGCAAAAUCAUCACGUCGAAGGGAGGGUUAAGCUGGCUCUCUUUUACGACUGGCUAUUCUUUGACGAAAGAAUUGACAGCAUUAUGAAUGUUGAACCUGCUGUGCUAUUGAUGCUAUGGUCGAUACCUCAGUAUCCACACAUCACUCACUCUUUACUUGAGUUUUUGCUUCAUCUUGUGGACACUUAUGACAUAGCCUGUCGAGAUAUGAUCAUGAGAGGUGUGGCAUCAGCUUUCAGAGAGAUUGAGAGAAAGGGAGUGGUUCAAUCGCUGGAUAUGUUCCUAUCAAAUCCUGAGAUUGCAACAGAUCUAAAGAAGAAGCUAGCAAACUUGUUGUCAUGUCAUCAGGACAUUAACUGAGUUCUUUAGAGCAUACCAAUGAUACCAUUACAUAUUAAUGAACAUUUCUUUGUAUCACAUUAAUACAUUGCAAGUGGUGUUCUUGCCAGAAGAUGAGACAUUGAAAUUCUACAAACCAAUAAAACUAGA